AUGGUGCACUCUGAUGUCCAGGAGACGGACAUUCCUGUUCGACAAGAUGAGCAUGGCAGGGAGAUAGAAGGUUAUCCGCUGGAUCAGAUUCACACAUUAAAUGAGAGAGAUGCAGCAGACCAGUAUGCCCUCGAAUCGAUGGAUUACGGGGACGGUGUUCUCUCUGGUAUUCGCUCCAGAACACGCAGCCAUACGGAUCACAUCGUCAUCGGAUGGGAGGUUGACGACCCCGAAAACCCUCACAAUUGGUCUACGUCCCGCAAAACUUGGAUCGUCCUCAUCACUGUUCUGCUGGUCCUCAACUCGACCAUGUCGUCUGCCCUGCCGAGCAUGGCUAUCCCCAGCAUCACCGCAGCUUAUGGCAUUACUGACUCCACGGGAAAUGUCUUGCCUAUUAGUAUAUUCCUGAUAGGGUACAUUUUCGGACCGCUUAUCUGGGGGCCCUUGACGGAACACUAUGGACGGAGAAACCUCACUGUUGUCACGUUUAUGGUGUUCACCCUGUUUACAAUGGCGUGUGCGCUAGCACCUAGCUGGGGGAGCUUUCUCAUCUUUAGAAUGAUUUGCGGUGCGUGUGCAGGGGCACCAAUUGCCAUUGUGGCAGGAAUCUUGGCAGAUGUCUUUGGAGAUCAUAGGACCAGAGGCAGGGCGUAUGCCAUCUUCAUGGUCGCCACCGUCUGGGGACCCCUAUUCUCCCCCAUCAUCUCUGGCUACACCGCCAUCACCAUCGGCUGGCGCUGGGCAUUCUGGAUCGGCCUCAUAUACGCCGGCCUCACCCUCCUCGUCAUAGUCUGGCUCCCCGAGACCUUUGCCCCCAUCCUCCUCGCUCGACGAGCCCAAAAGAUGCGCAAGCAAGAUCCCACCCUCCGCGUCAUCGCGCCCCGAGAGCUCGAGGAAACAAGCAUCAGCCAGCUCCUCACCGUCGUCAUCACCAGACCCAUCCGCAUGUUGGCGUCUGAGCUCAUCGUCACAGCUACCUGCGCCUACCUAGCCCUCGUCUAUGCCAUCUUCUACAUGUCCUUCCAGGCUUUCCCCAUCAUCUUCCACGACCUAUAUGGCCUCAACCCCGGCGAAACUGGCCUGACUUACCUCCUCAUCGGGGCAGGUGGCAUGCUCUCCCUCCCCGUCUUCUGGUACUGGGACGUGGCACUCGUUAAAGCCCAGCUAAAGGGCUCUUCAUGGUCUAAACGGGAAGAGUCACGCCGUCUACCUCUUGCGUGUAUGGGCGGUCCUCUAUUCGUCGUAUCCCUCUUCUGGCUGGGUUUCAGUGCCAAAAUCUCUAUCCCCUUUGUCGCGCCCAUGCUGGCUGGCAUACCGUUCGGGAUGGGAUACAUGCUGAUAUUCAUGGCGCUGCUAAACUAUCUAACUGAUUCGUAUGAGAUUUUCGCCGCGUCCGCCAACGCAGCUGCCUCGUGUUGUCGGUCGAUUCUGGCGGUGGUGCUGCCUCUUGCCACGACACACAUGUUUCGAGAGUUGGGUAUCGCGGGGGCUUGCUCGCUGAUUGGGGGAUUGAGCGCGGUGAUGUGUGUGAUUCCGUUUAUUUUUAUAUGGAAGGGCGCGAGUAUUCGGUCGAGGUCCAAGUUUUGCAUUGCGUUGAAGGAGCAGAAGGAGGUGAUGCAGCGGAGGGCGGAUGCGCAGAGGGCGAGGUUGGAACGGAUGAGGGGAGAGAAAGGCAAAGGGGAGGAGGACAAGGAGAUGAAGACGGAGGAGGUUUAG